AUGGCCAUCGACGUCUUGGGUCUUCUCAAACAGCAUCCUCAGGAACAGCAUCUCGCCAACUUCGCCACGUCCUGGCUCCUGCCCACGACGCUGCUCGGUUUGCUUCGUAUCCUGCUCUCGAUAUACGCCUUCACUUCAAUCGCCUUCUCCUUCAAGUGGUUUGCCGACCACGACGUUGUCUUUCACCUCGAAGACAUCGACACGCCCAAGAUCACUUUCCUCGUUGGCGCUGAGGGCAUCCGACAGUCCUUCAGCUACUUCACGUAUAUCACAUACUGGGGUCUAGCAUUCUACUUUUUCUUCGCUUCCCUCCACUCCUUCAGCUAUGCCCGCAGCACGAGGCAUCGGACAAACAGCACGAACACCACGAAACCAACAUUCCUUCUGCAACGAUGGCCACGGUCUCUCCAGAUCCUCCACUCGAUCUAUUACUCGACCAUCACCUGCUUUCCCCUCCUCGUGACCACAGUCUACUGGGGCAGCAUGUGGUCCCGGCAGUGGUGGACUGGUGAUCGCUUCCAGCAGUGGAGCAUGCUUACCAUGCACGGGCUCAACUCUGUCUUUGCAUUGUUCGAGAUUAUCUUCGCAGACUCUCAACCUUUGCCGCUCAUCCACCUUCCGAUUCUGCUACUUCUCAUGUCAUUGUAUCUUCCCGUAGCGUACAUCACCAAAGCCACCGAAGGCAUCUACAUCUACCUCUGGCUGGAUCCCAACAACGGCAUUGCAAAGCUCCUGCUGCACAUCCUCCGCCGACACCUCGUCGCGAAGUACACAUCACAACGACAAAGCAAAUCACGCUCCUCGGCAAUCCUAACAUCUUGGGUUGUAGCCCGCCAGCCAGAGUACUGGAGUUUCGAUCGCUAUGAGCGAGAAAAGCUGCGCGAAGAAGAGGAGAAGCAAGCGGCGCGGAUGUCGGUGUCAAGUUUUGUCCAGAUACCGGAUUCUGCCCAUCUGACUCCCGGCGGGAGUAGGGAGAAGUCAAUAAGGCCAGUCGCGUCGUUCUAUAGUCAGGCUACCACGGCGGUGGGAGGGCCGGAGUCGCCGCUGCUGAAGGACGAGAAGAACUACAAGGCGAGACGAUCGGUGGAGGACUUCGGUUGGCCGUUGGCAACGACGGUGGUACCAUAUGUCCCCGCGCAGCGGUCGCCGUUGCGGGAGACGUUUCAGGUCGAGGACGUCUGA